CUAAAAGUCGAGCUAAUGGAUGGACGCGUGGACAAGCGGGAGACCGGGGACGCGGCAGCCUGCGCCGUCGAGAACGAGGCGGAGAGCAAGCAGGCGCGAGGGGAGAAGUCCCGCGCGAGCGGCGCGAGUCUCCUGGACACGUGCCCGGUUUGCCACCUGAACUUUCCCAGCCGAGAGCCCCAACUUCUGCCGUGCCUGCACUCCUUCUGCAAGGCAUGUCUGCCUUCGCCCUCGAGGAACUUGGCCAUGGCGGAGCCUCCCAACUCCCAGGUGGACAGCGCGACCAAACCACUGAAUGUGAUGCGCUGUCCGGUGUGCAGGCAGGAGUGCAUGGAGGUGGACGUGAUGGAAAACGUCUUUGUGAAGGACUGCGCGGAGGCUCCCAGCAGCACGGUGGAGAGGACAAUCCAGCUCUGUAUGACCUGCGAUGAUAACAUGGAAGCGGCCGGGUUUUGCGUGGACUGCGUGGAGUACCUCUGUUCCACCUGCGUGGAGGCCCACCAGAGGGUCAAAUUCACCAAAGACCACGCCAUCAGGCACAAGGCGGAAGUCUCGACCGAGGCCCCCGGCGCGUCGGCUCAGAGGCCGGUGUUCUGCGACAUCCACAAACAGGAGCCGCUGAAGCUGUUCUGCGAGACCUGCGACCUGCUGACCUGCCGGGACUGCCAGCUGGUGAAGCACAAGGACCACAAUUACCAGUUCCUGGAGGAUGCUUAUAAAAGCCACAAGCAGCACAUGGAGAGCAUGACCCAUCAGCUGCAGGAGAAAAACAAACAGAUUGAAGAGGUGUCCAACUCCAUAAACAGAGGACUUCUUCAGGUGGAUCAGAACCGUACGACGGUCCAUAACGAAAUAAAGAAAUCCAUCUGCAGUUUGAUUCUCGAGAUAAACAAGAAGGGCAAGAUGCUGGUGAAUCAGCUUGAGGCUGUAACAAAGGAUCACGAGAGCAUCCUGCGAAAACAACAGGAGGACAUCGGCUACCUGUCCCGACACCUGAACCACGUCAUCAACUUCACCAAAUGGGCCACGGCCAGGAACGGAGGCACGGCCCUCUUGUACUGCAAACGCCUGAUUCUGUUUCAGAUUGGAAACCUCCUGCGGGCCAAAUGCAGUACCUCGUUUAUUCCACAGAGCACCGUGCGCUUCCAGAGUCGAUCCUCCUAUUGGGCCUCCAAUGUCGAUUUGGGCUCGUUGCUGGUGGAGAGUGUACCGGGCCAUCAGCUGGGUGGUUUUCAGGGCAUCCCGCACCAGCUCUCCCACCCGGGGCACGGCCCCUCCGGCUCGCCCCACGGCUUCGCGCCCCUGGGAGCGGCGCCCCGUAACACCCUGGCUCAGCUCCAGAUGCAGGUGGACAAGCUGAACCCGCAAGCCAACUGGCAGCCCCAGCCGGCUCCGCCGCCCUGGGCGUGGUACCAGAGCGUCCGGCUGCAGCGGACCGUCCCGGGGUCCCUGCAAGGAGGGGGCUCCCCCUCCCAGAGUCUGCUUCCCCAACCCGGGCGCAGGUUCAUGGCGGCGCCUCCCCCCAGCCACGUCAGCCCGACUAGCAGCUUACCGAGCGCCGGGUUCCCGCCGCAGCCGCCGAGGGGGAUGGGCGGCGGCUCCGGCUACCAACCCAAAGCCGCGGACGCGUUUUCCUCCUCGCCUCUGUACACCCACGUGGCGCCGGGCGGCGGCUCGCCUCAAUCGCGACAGACGAUCGAGCCGACGUAUCUGAGCGGGAGGAAUGGAGCCGGCGGGCCGGUGUUUGUGAUGAAACCCACCUUCCCCCUCGGCCUGCCGCCUGCUCUGCUGCACAGAAGCGUGCAAGGACAGCCGAAUUCACUAGAGUACGCCGCCGUGUCCCAGGAGGAGAAGCCGGGGACGGUUACCUGGAAACCUCCAGAAACACAGCCGAGCCGCGGGGCGGCGGGCUCGGCUGUCAAGAGAAGACGAAGAUCGUCACCGGGGCCCGUCAUCGUCAUCAAAGAUGAGCCCGAUGACGACGGAAGCUACGUUCAAGCCCACCAGAGAGCCAGCCUCCCCGACAGCACGGGCGACCAAGCCGAGGGGAGCAAAGCCCGGACCCCUCUUCAAAGCACACACGCCAAACCCCCACAGCCCCGUCCUCCCGGCAGCCCCCGGGGCCAGAGGGGCGAGACGGACACUCCGGACCCCGGCCGCUCCCUGGGAGGAGACCGGCGCCCCGCGGCGACGGACCACCCCGAUGGAGGCGCGUGCGCCACGUGCCGGACCGGGGGGGGGGAGCUGCUGUGCUGCGACAAGUGUCCCGAGGUUUUCCACCCCUCGUGCCACGUUCCGGCUCUCCUCCCAUCUCCUCCCAGCGGCCAAUGGUUUUGCUCGCUCUGCCGCGACCCGCUGGCGCCUGAGAUGGAGUACGACUGCGAAACAAAACCUGAAGCCAAAACACUGAAGAAGGAGCCAGAGUGUGAGGGAGGAUUUUCCCCUGUGGACAAACGAAAGUGUGAGAAGCUGUUGCUGCUCUUGUUUUGCGGCGCCCUGAGUUCCCCCCCCCCGGGGCCCCGGUCCCCCUCGGCGUGUGGUAAUAACAGGCCGGCCGUGAGGGGACCAGUCGGUGUGUCCGCUGUGAGGAGGCGGCUGGAGGCUCAGCCGAGUCUGAGCUACCGCAGCCCGGCGGAGUUCGUAUCGGACGUCAGGCUCCUCUUCGGGAACGCCGACGACGCCCUCCGUGAGGUCGCCGCGGAGGUCACGGCGGCGGGCCGAGACCUGUUUGAAGAGCGCCUGAGGAUCGCGUUCCCCGAACAGAGCUUUCCGGAAAUCAAACCGGAGGCGGUACCUCGGGCCCCCCGCUGAC